AUGGCGUCUGGGCAUGGUGCUGAAAAGUUUACAAUAUUAGAUGUUCUACCGUGGGAGGAUGUCCUGAACAGACAUGUCCUGCCCUGUCUGUCCCUCCCGGACCUGUUCCGCCUCCGACAGACCAACUCCCAGGCUCUACAUCUCGUCACCACCUUCUUCUGCUCCACCUUCAAGAUCGACCUCUCUCCUUACAGCAGUAAGAUCACUCCUGACGCCUUCCGAUUGAUUCUCGGAGAAAACAGCGUCCUGAAUGUCCUCAUUUUAUCCGGUUGUAAAAACUGGCUCACAGACAAACUACUGGUUCCUGUUAUACUCCGUAACCAAAGACUUUUAAGACUGAACAUUUCGAACUGUUUGCACCUACAAAGCGAGACGAUACAAGCGGUGGCGGAAAAUUGCCCCUCACUGACUGCACUGUCGCUGAAAGACUGUCAUUGGCUGAAUGUGCCGUCAUUUUUAAUGGUAGCGGUGAGUUGUCGGGAGCUGGAAAAAGUGGACUUAACCUCCUGUUGGGAAAUCAACGACGAAUGCGUCAUGUCUUUGGUAGUAGCGUGCAAGAAGAUCACUCAUCUGUCACUGGCGAAAAUCUACGGGAUAACAAAUCAAGCGAUCGACGCAGUGGCAAAAGGUUGUCCCAGGUUAGAAUAUCUAGAUGUACAAGGCUGUUGGAGGGUCAACAACUUUGCUAUAAGGAAUGUUGGCGAGUACUGUAAACACCUGAAGGUGAUCAAAGUGUCGGACUGUCGGGACGUGACAGAGGCGAGCCUGGCCCGCCUGCGGCUACGCGGCGUCAAAGUAGACGUCCCCGCUCCCGUCGGCCUCAAUCUGUCCCGGGUGGAACACAACUUUGGACGCAGCGAGCUGGUCCCGCCCCUCUACCUACAGAUCUGA